GCUAAGGAGGGGCCGCCGCGGGGCGGACAUGGCGGACGGGGCGCGGGGCGUGCGGAGCUGCGGCGCCCCCGGCAGAGAAAAGCCAAAUGAAUUCCUUAGCGACACGCAGAAAACCACCACUACUCAUCACCUGAGCCUCCAAGAACUGCAGAAGAGCCGGACACAGCCCAGAGACUGGGAAGGAUCUUCGUUAUUUAAAGGAGAAAUUGAAACUCGUUUUUCUCCCUAUAUGAAGGAAAGUCCCACCAUCGAUGACUUAGAAGAAAGUUUACAGCAACUUAAAGUUCAGGUGGACAGUUUGGCCUCCAGUCUGAGUUUUGACACAGAUCAAGAUUAUACCCUAGAUUCUGGCACUGCAGACAGGUCAGGUCCCUUUAAUCUGAAGUGGCCAAUGAUUCACAGUGGGGCCUACAUGAAGGCAGACAGUGGAGACACACUGAAGCAACCUGAUGAGUCUGAGUGGUUUCUAAAGCCAACACAUUUGAUCAGACCUCUGGGAGACUAUCCAGCGCUUGCGAGCCUAGGCCUUCCAAUCUUCUCCUCGUCACCAGUCAGCCAAGUGGCAGGGCUCCUCGGGAGUGAGAUAGCAAGCAGAAACUGUCUGCCAUCUGUGGAUCUAGCAUCUGCAGAACCAUUUCCAAAGAACCUUGGUGCUCCUCACGUGAUAGGAGUCAAGGCCUUGUUGCCCCCUAAAAUCCCAGUGAGGGCCCGCUCACCCGAAAGGGUCACUUCUCCCUUGGACAGAGGCAGGUCUCUCUCCUUUGAUCGCUUGAGGACCAACCGAUCCCAUUCAUUUUCUCCAGCAUCCAAAAGAACCCGCUGGCUCCGAUCUCGCUCACAGUCCCCGAGACCUAUCUGGAGACCAAACUCAGCCAAGGCAAAUGCCUGUGCCCAGCCUGCACCACACUUCAGCAGGUCCAGGAGCAGCAGGAAGAAAACAGCAGCAACCAGGCAAUCCCGCUCCAGAAUAUACAAACCAGGAGCACUGGCGGCCAGGUCCUGCACUCCAGGCAGGAUGCCCACAAAGGGGGCACUGAGCUCUUCAUGGAGUCCUUACAGUCUGUCCUCUGCUGCUAUAGCCUCACCCACAGCUCAGGAGAUCAAUGAAAGGUUUUUGCAGACUCUCGCAGAAGGUGCUGUGGGGAGGUCCCUGAUAGAAAUGUCCCCGUAUGAGAAGGAGCUGGCGCGCCUCCGGCUGGAGCGCCUGCGUAUGGAGGAGGAAUGGUUACUGGAGCUGAAGAGGCAGCAGGAGUUGGAACGAACACGUGGCCCCAAGCCCAAGUGCUUGCUCAGUACCAGUGCUUCUGUUCUCUAGGUAUGAGAUGAAAAGCUCCCAGUUCCACUACGAAGCCCACAAGAAUAACCAGUUGCUGAGGAGCAGUCAGGACCUCCAGUCCAUGUAUAACUAUCGGCAAGAACUGGAGUCAGCAUCCAAGGAGUUCCAAGAACAUUCGAAACCCGCACACUUGGCUUCUCUCUAAUAAGAGCUACAUCCCCAGCACUAACCCAUGCCAGUGAGAGAGACUUGGGGUUGUGUAUUCCAGGAUGUUAGUAUGCUGUGUUUGGAGGAGAGGUAACAAGGUGGCAGGAAGCAGUAUUCUUCCAACCCAGUAAUCUGUCGACCAUUUCCAUCCUUGGAGGAACUCCGUUGCCUUCAGUACUGAAAGUGGUAUGUUAGCAUGAACGUUAGCAAACUACAUCACUAAUGCACUUAUCUACCUCUGUCUAUAGAUCAACAAUGAUCUAUGUGCUCACACUCUGCCCAGGAGGGAAUUUCCCUGUACAAAUCAUCCCUACUCAGCUUACUUGCAGCCCUCCAAAAACCAAGGAAGAGGGUAUGGGGAUGGAAACAGGAAGAGGGCAGCAACGCAGUGGGAAAGAUUGAUCUGAUAACAUAGACAUCGGAAGCCAACGUAAAGCCCCAUUUGUCAAAUCUUACGGCCAGAGAUGAUGAAAAGUUCAGAGUACAGCAUACCUUGGCUCCAGCGUGCUUGCAAAUGUUGCAAUACCAUUCAUUCCACCCUCCUGCCUGUGGGCUUCCGCCUUUUAAAUGAUUGUUUCCUCCAAAGUGCAGCCCUAAUGAAGUCCCUAUGACUUUUCUGCAGGUGGCUUUGUUUUGCCUUUAAGUCUUUCUGUAAUUAAUUGCUGAUGAGUGGAGGAUCUAAAGCUAUGCUGCUUUCAGUGGUCACUUUUAAGUGUGAGCAUUUCCACAGUGCAAGAUCUCACAGUGCAGUGCGUGCAGUUCUGGCAACCAAAACACUGGCAUAACAUUUUAGUUUGCAAUACCCGUGAUUUCCAGAGUUUCUGAGGAGACACCCUGAGGCCAAUCCAUCUCUAUUCCCAAACCAGCACAAGUCAAUCUAUUUGAACAGCAGCGCUCUGAUUAACAUUUGUAAUUUCCAUCAGGAGGUCUUAGGACUUAUUGAUUGCUUUAAUAAAACUCUGUUGCCACUGGUCACGGCUAGCAAGCACAGUGGGAAUACAGGGAGUGCUUCAUUUCUCCAGCACUGGUAACUUAUUUGCUACACUCAUGGCAAAACUUGAAUUAUUAUGGAGGGGGAGCUGGGAACGGGAGGUGAUUUCACAAGGCCAGUAGGGUUUACUGGAAAAAAAGAUAAAAAUAAAAAAUAAGGUUGCAACAGAGUCUCUCUCCAGCUCAUUUUGGUCUGACAUAAACAAAUGGGCAUCGCUCACUGCUGAAAAAUCAGUAACUGCUACUAUUACUGUGUCCUUCUCCUAGGAAAGUCAGGGGUUUAACCAGGUGGUUGGAGACUCCAGGAAAGUUACAGAACUAUUGAGAAUAUAGUUACCCUGUUAAACCCCACUCAGAUUCAUUUUCAGCUGCUUUGAUCUGUCACGUGCAGUCUGGAAAGAUACCGCAUUGAAUUAUACAUCACUUCUUUUUUCCUAAUGGAACCAUUAGAGAAACUGACAUUUAAAGAUAUUAAAUUUACUCUUUUGCUGUUUAUCCUGAUUUACUUUUCACAUUUCACGUGCUGGGGCUCCUGCAUUAGGAUCAUGCUGCUGGGAGCUUAGAGCUUCACCAAAAGAAAUUAAACUUUAAUUCAAGUAAAAAACCUCCAAGCAUUUCUGGCAGGUUUUAUGAAACUUAAAGCCCCCCAUAAGACUCGUAGUGAAUGAAAUUACCCGACAAACAGCCUCUUUAAAGCUACAGCAGCUAUGGGGGAAAGUGAAUGUCCUUACCUUAUCAGCUAGAGCAUGGGGAUGGAGGAUCAAGGUAGCUCAUUUCUCUCCCAUCCCCAGCACUUCCUGGCCGUGUGAUCCUAAACAAGUCGCUUUGCCUUUCUGUACCAUGGUUGCUUUGUUCAUAAAGGGUGGGUGACAACAGUUCGCAUCCUAUCGAAUGAUGGAUGGAAGAGGAGGCCUGCACACAGCCAAGGCCUUAUUGUCACUUAUUUGAGUGAUGGGUUGUCCCGUAGAGUCUGAGAUACAGGGGUUCAUACCUAUAUGUGGGGUGUAAGAUUUUCCUUACUAAAGCAUUAGGAAGGAAGCCACUGAUUAUAAAAACCUGGUGCCCCGAUGCGAACGGCAAAACUCCAGUUGACCUCCGUGGAAGUGGGAUUUCAACCGAGGAGUUUUGGUGACCCCAAAGGGUGACCCAUGUUACGGUAGUCUCUAUAAAUAUACAUCAGCCAAUGUUUUCUAACCUGUCCAGUUGCCUAAGUAAUAAUGUAUGUGCUUAACAUUAGGCAGCUUUAUUUAAAAAUGUGGCCUAUUGCUUCUUUGACCAGAAAUGGUUCUCUCUCUUUAGUCUCACUAACCUUUAAACCUGCUCUUACCUUUUAAAUUGUAAUUGUUCUCUCUUUGUAUCAACUUUUUAUAGAGAUUCUGUGUAAAUGAGAAACUUGGAUUAUUAAUAAAUAUUACAAAUUCUACCUCAUGAAUAACCAACAGCCCAGUGGUCUGGAUUUUGCUGAUUCUUGAAAGAUGAGGCAUUAAAGAGCUCUAAAAGAGCUUGUAAAAGUUAAAGAUUUGACUCCCCCUGACUUUCCAUGGGAUAUGGCCCCGUGGGUCUUCUAGAUGCUUUUGAAGUCCCACCCAGCGCGCACAUGCCUUGUAGUCUCUGUUCCUACAAGCCACUUAUAGGUUGCACUCAACCACAUGAAGUGCAACAAUGAUCAGCAGUGACCAGUGGCAUGGAGCCACACUCUGCAGUCCACGUGCAUCUCCAGUGGUUUCAUUCAAACAGCCCAGAGUCUAUGGCAUAACCUUCACAUUGCACCUGCUGAUUUUCCUGGCUCAGCUGGUAACUCUCAGCAAGAAUUUGCUUUCUGUGAGCCCUGAAAACUCAGCUUGGGACUGUAAAGGCCUCCUAGGACUUUCAAGAGCAGGUUGUAAUAAUGUCCUUUGUGUAGGAUCACAAGCAAGCAUUGCUGCCAACCUGUUACCCUUCGCUGUACUGCACGCAGCUUCCCUCACCCUUAGCAGCAGCGAGAGGACAGACAGCAGCAUAUCAGUCAGCACAAAGGGAAAGGGACAAGUCUUGGCCAGACAUCAUUGUUCUUGGGAGUCUUUCAUCCCCAGUGUUAUUCUCAGAAUGUUUUCCGGCAGGAUGGGCGCUUCCUACCCCGGCCUGUGGGAAUCAGCCUAGUGCUUAUACCUCAUGAAACUAUUGUCUUCUGACCAGUGACAACAGAUGCUCCCUCCUUUAACCCUUUUGUCUCCACCGCUUCACGUUACAUGCUUCUCACUUCUGCUGAACUCAACAGAAGGAGCUGCCAUCUACUGCGCGAUGUCCUGGCUCAGGGAGUUCGGUGCCCCCGGUGGGAGAGUCACUGUUUGCAAAUGUGACUUCCUGGCUGCCGUGAGACUAUAGGUUACAUAUGGAAGUCAGAUAAAGUUUUGCUUUGAAGCAUAGGUGAGCCUGGGGUGCUAGGGUGAGAGCUACAAGCAGCAUUCGCCCCAAAGCAGGAGUUUAUUCUGAGCUAAAGGAAUCAUCCCACCAGCUACAGAAAGAUCUAGGAUUUUUGCUUCCAUAAUCACCUCUUGUAAAUGCAGCACAGGCUGUGGAGCAGAGCAGGAGACCCGGACAAGGCAGCAACAAGGCAGUGUUUGCCUGUGGCACUGGGGAAGGGUCUGCAAUGAAUCGCUGUUGCAGAGACCUGGAGCUGGGGCCAGAUACAUUGGCCACUCCCUGCAGAGAUCGUAACCUGUUCAGCAGAUGAAACGAGGAGUUUCCACUCACAUUCCUGAUGGAGCAGCAUUUGCUUGGUUCAGAAGACCUACAAAGUCUUUGCAGAUGCAGGCAGGGAUGUCUGCAUUGCACAGGGUCAUAGAAACUGCCAUGUCAGAUUGCACUAGCACACCUAAUGCAGUCUCCAAUUGCAGCCAACCCCAGAGGCUUCAAAGACCCUCACGCGGGCAACUACAGGAUCACCUGCCCAUACAGGACAUUUCUGUCUAGCCCCCUUAAUCAGAGCUUGACUUAACCAUCUCACCAUGGCUGAAUCUGGCAGCUCUUGGGCCAUAUGGCCAGUUACCUAGACAGCCAAGCCCGACUGUAUUUGAUCCAAAGGCAUUUAAAGCAGAGGCACUGCUACAGCUGAACACCGCCUCAAUCCCCUUUGGUCUCCCUUGUCUAAAAGAUAUGCAUACCCCAAUAUAUCAUCUGCAGGAACAUCCCAGAGAUUAAAAACAUGUCCAAAGCUAUUAUUCACGAUGUGCAGGAAAGUGUUUGUAAGCUGCGUUGCCACUGAUCCUUGUGGCGGUGAAAUAAAUUCUGAAAGUUGUUACAAAUCUUAUCUAGGCAUUCCUAACGCUUCCCUCCGCGCGGUGUGUGAGCACCCGGCCAAAAGUUUGCCAAUGUACAGCUUCUGCCCUUCGAAAACUAAGGAGCUAGAUAGCUAGUGGAAAGUGAGGGAGCGCUGUUGAAGUUAUGCCGAUACACACCAUUUAAAAUUCACUGCCGAUACUCUCUCAAUUACACUGAGUUACGUGGUAUCUUAAUAUUGUACUUUAUCCCACUUGGUACAUACUUUUGUGGACAGAAAGGGGUUCCUUCUAGUAUGCUCUAUCUUGAAUAUUCCUUUGGUACAUUGGUCCCAUGUCUACCUGCCAUAAAGAUGUGGAUGGAAAGGAUUAUUUUUCAGUCCCUUUUAAUUCAGAGGAAUCCCAGCGUUUCUACCGGUAGCUCUCAUUGGAAGAGAAGUCACAUUUUUAUAUACAUUUCCCGCAUUAUAAUCCAGGAGGAAAGACGAGUUCCAACUCAACGGCUCUCGUGCUGUAUAUUUAAUUUACUGCCUUCAAAAGGACAUGUUACACUGGAGGGGAAGCAAUGUUAACACGUUAGUACAUUACACAGGGAGUUGUGCAAAUGUAAGCAGUCUCCAUCUUACUGGUAGGAACAAACAAGAUGCUCUUACGUCUCAGAGCACGAAAGCUUCAGGAGGCUGCAUCCUUCCCUGGAUGCCGGCAGAACCUCUGUCUGCAUUACUUGUGAUUAAAUAUGCACAUCCUAAAAGAGACACCGGGGUCCUUUAAGCUCUUCCACUGGAGCCAACAGAGACAUUUGCCCCUCUGCAAAGGGUCAGCGUGCGGUUGAAGCCUACAAGCCAACGUAAGAGCUCAGCACAAAUAAGACUCAAUCAGGUCAAAAGCAAAGCUUCCUCUGACUCAGAUGGAACAGGAUCAGGCCCAGGGAGGGCUUGCAGGGCAUAUGUCUUUCCAAACAUAGGGCACAGGUCUAAAAUGCAUCCCAGGAAGG